GCGGAAAAGUGCAUCUUUGAGAGAUUCUCCGUACGUUCAUAACUUGGCAGUACUGUCAUGUAGAGUGCUUCCUUUUUACGGAGUGGAGAUUGAAUUGUGCGAGGAAGUAGGUGGUGAUGGUAACUCGUACCUCGCCGUAGCUUCUAUCUUAUCCGAGUCAGAAUACGAGUUUGAAUCCGAGAAGAGAUAUAAAAGGGCUACUUCCAUUGCUGAGAGUGUUUCCUUCGCCAUCCUCAAUCACUUUCUCAUUCUUUCAACUACCUCUUCUGUUCUUCCACAGCAAAGAUCUUCCUUCUUUCAAUAUGCAGUUCUCAGCAACCAUCGCCGCUGCCAUUUUGGCCACUAUGGCCUCGGCGCAGACUCUCAACAUCCCAACCAGAGUUGGAAGCAUCAUUUCUCUAUCUUCUCCCAGCGCCAUCUCAGGAACAGUUGACUUGGGUAACAAGGAAUAUGAUCGCGGACGCGCUUGUAACACAGAUGCUGAUACCGGAAGCGACUCUGCUGUCUUCAUUCUCAAUGCUGGCGCAACUCUCAAGAAUGUCAUCAUUGGUGCAAACCAACUUGAAGGUGUUCACUGCAAGGCAGCAUGCACCUUGAUCAACGUCUGGUUCCGUGAUGUCUGCGAAGAUGCCAUCUCUCUUCUCGGUACGGGUGACGUUCUCAUCCAAGGUGGAGGAGCCAAUGCUGCUAAGGAUAAGGUCGUUCAACACAACGGAAGAGGAACGGUUACCAUCAAGGACUACACUGUCACCGGUGCCGGCAAGGUCUACCGUGGCUGCGGAAACUGCUCCAACAAUGGUGGACCAAGAAAGGUCGUCAUUACUGGACUCAGAGCCAAGAGCAUCACCUCUGAUGUUGUCGGCAUCAACAGCAACUAUGGUGACACUGCAACUAUUUCCGGAUCUUGUGGAUCCAGCGUCAAGAAUGUCUGCCAGGAGUUCAAGGGUGUCGACAAGACCGACAAAGUAGAGUCACCAAAGGUUUCCACAAAGACUUCUUGCUUGGGUGCCCAAGGAAAGCUCGCAACUCUUCCAGCUUGCUAGAGUAUCAUCGAGAUAGUGUCAAGAAAAGAUGGCCAUGCUAGUCAAGAGGCCAAUUUUUAGGGCCAGCC